AUGCGAAGCUGGAGCCCGACGUCAUCUCUCCUACAACGCGCUGGGACCAGCGCGUGCGAGAAGGGCGAGCAGUGGCAGCAGGCGCUGGCGCUGCUGAGCGAGAUGCGGGAGGCGAAGCUGGAGCCCAACGUCAUCAGCUGCACAGCCGGGAUCAGCGCAUACGAGAAGGGCGAGCAGUGGCAGCGGGCGUUGGCGUUGUUGAGCGAGAUGCGGGAGGCGAAGCUGGAGCCCAUUGCCAUCUCUUCUACAAUGCAGGGACCCGCGCGUGCGAGAAGGCGAAGCUACAGCUCAACGCAGCCAGCUACAGCCCUGCGAUCGUCGUUCUGCUGCGGAGAGACGAUACGACAGGCUAGUCAUCCACAACGCUGA